AGGUUCUCUCCUCUAUCCCAUCUCCCCUCCUCUGCUCUGCACCUGCUCCUCCCCUCCUGCCUUAUUAUCCUCAGACUCAGAGCAGCGGUCCGUCCUCGCCAAGUGAUGCUCCUUGGCGGCGCACAUCGGUGGGUUAUCGCCGCCCGCUGAAGGAAACACCGCUCCUUAUUUUUCUGGAAACACGCACUGAAGGACGACGGAACAUGGGAAUUUAACGGGGCUUUUAAGAGAGUGAGCUGGAGGAGGGCAGGACAGCGAAGAAGCACUCAAGUCCCAUCCGAGCGAAGGAGGAGGAGGAGAAGGGCUGGAGGGGGGGAACUCCGGGGAAACGGUCCCGCCGGGACGGGGGAACGCCGCGGAGGGUUUUGUGCUUUAGCUUCAUAGUUUGAAAUGAUGUCGACGUGUCUGUUUUUGUUGUUUGGCUGUGAAAGAUAAAACUGCCAGGAUUUAAAGGACGCGGUUCUCAGAGUUGCGCUCGGUGUAUUUCUGUUUGUGAUGGAGUGAGUGAAAGAGAGGGCGCACGGUAACUUCAGCCUCGUCAUGAAAUCAGUGUUUUUCAGUCGCUUCUUCAUCCUGCUGCCCUGGGUCCUUAUUGUCAUCAUCAUGAUCGACAUCGACACUAAAAGGACGAUCCGGGCUCCAGCAGCCGGUCGGACCGGCAGGGCGCAGCGGGCGGCCCGGACCGGCGCACCGGGGGCAGCCGGCACCCAGAACCAGUCCGCCCUGCCGGUUAUCUACGCCAUCACUCCCACUUACACCCGUCCGGUGCAGAAAGCGGAACUGACCCGUUUGGCAAACGCCUUCCGCCAGGUGCCCCGGUUCCACUGGAUCGUAGUGGAGGACUCGACGGCGCGCACGGAGCUGGUGGCGCGCUUCCUGGCACGGUGCGGCGUGCAAUACACACACCUGCAUGUAUUCACUCCCCGAAGGUUCAAGCGAGCCGGGAUGCCACGCGCCACCGAACAGAGGAAUGUGGCUCUCGCGUGGCUCCGGCAGCACCGGAGCAGCCGGGACACCGGGGUGGUUUUUUUCGCGGAUGACGACAACACGUACAGCUUGGAGCUGUUUGAAGAGAUGCGCAGUACUCGAGGUGUGUCUGUUUGGCCUGUGGGAUUUGUAGGAGGUAGAGCAUAUGAGCGCCCCCUGGUGUCCGGGGGUAAAGUUGUGGGCUGGUACACCGGCUGGAGACCGGACCGACCCUUUGCCACCGACAUGGCAGGCUUCGCAGUGAACCUCCAGGUGAUCCUGGCGAACCCACGGGCGCAGUUCAAGCGGCGCGGAUCCCAGCCGGGGAUGCAGGAGUCUGACUUCCUCAAGCAGAUCACAAAAGUCACCGAGUUGGAGCCCAAGGCCAACAACUGCACUCGGGUGCUUGUUUGGCACACUCGCACAGAGAAACCACACCUCGCAAAUGAGCCCAAGCAUCGGAAAGACACUGUGGUCAUCGAGGUGUGAAAGGAAGAGCUAAGCAGCAAAUUCAAAACCAGAAGCUGAUUGUGGCUGGCCAUGGCCUCUUGGCUGGGACUAACAACAGCACAAAGCUUUCUCUCCUUAUCAGGCUAAUACAAUCUGUUCACCACGGACACAGACUCUGAGGAGCUGCAUGAUUCAAGACUUUUGGCUGUCUGUCAAAUGUGCUUUGUGAGGACUGGACAGCACUGAAUAUGUUCGUUUUACAAACUGGGAUAAAGUGGAAUUCAUCUCCUCCAUCCAUGGCUUGCUGACGUAAACGAGUGAUGUAUAAAUGUAAAAAAAAAAAUAUGUUGCUGAAUUGAAAAGUGCCAUGUGAAUCAUUAAUGUCAUUUUUAAUAAUGAACACAUCAUUGUCAAAUUACCUGUGAUACCGUGAUAUUAUUACUAUACAAACAAGGCUAGUGGUCCAGAUAACUGCCUAUAUCUUAUCACAGUGGGUUGACACCAAUUUGUUGUCUGUGCAUUAAGUACAAAGUUCCUAUCAGGACGCUGUUAGCAUAUAGCUAGUUUAGCACAAAGACUAUUAAGAGCUAGCCUAUCCCUCUCUAGAAGAAUAUGCUUACUUGCGCAUAUUAACACACAUUAUCUCAUUCAUUUAACCCGUGAAUAAGCAGAAAACUGACCACUUCUUGUUUUAGGGGAAGUGACAUGGUGUAACUACUUAUUUGGAGCACAGCACAGCUGGACAUAGUGAGCUAGAAUGCUGUGUUAACUAGCUUUAGAGGUGUUCUUACAUGUAUUUUGAACUUCAAAGAGGGCCAAGUUAGUUGUUUUCUAGAGUUAUAGAGUGCAUUCGAAUCUGCUGAUACAAUAUGUGUCAUGAUACAGGGGUUGCAAUUCAGUACAUUGUGACAUUGUAAGCAGGGUGAUAUAUUGUUUCAUAGACUUGUGUUCUUGUGCUUACUUUUUCCUGACUUUGAGUGGAAGAGUCGAAAGGCUGAAGAUUAUAACAACACUGCUAUCUAGCAUUUGGAGGUUAAAACACAAAACAAACCACUGCCAAAACUCUUUGCAUGUAAAUUGUUAACAGUGUCUUUGAGAAUUGAUAUGGUAUCACAAUAGAAAAUACUGCGAUACUCAAAUGAAUCAAUAUUUUCUUACGCCCCUGCUGUUUUCACAAGCUAAGCUAGGCUAACCACAACUCAACCCGUUUUGUAAUUAACACACAUGGAUUUUCUUAUUUUAUUGGGGUUUUUUUCUCCCUUUUAGAAAGAAGGCAAGUAUUUCCCAAAAUACUGAAGUUUUUGUAAUUAUCAUAACGAUGAUAACCCAUUUACAUCUCUCACUGAGCAAAUUAAAAUGUCAAAAGGGAUUGCAUCAG